AUGUGUGAUGGUGCAGGGAAGCCGGGGUGGACCAAGUACCACGUGUUGCUGGACCGGGAGAACUUCUCGUGGUUCCCCAGCAAGAACAAGCACAAGCCACGAGGCUUCAUACCACUCUCCACCAUCGUCGGCGCACGGGAAGCGGAGAAGGAGACGCAGCGGAACAACUCGCUGCUGAUCAAGUCGCUGCACACAUACUUCUUUUACACUGAAACGGAAGAGGCACGGGACAUGUGGGUCAAUGAGAUUCGAAUCCACGCCUCCAAGGCGCAGUCCGACCGAGAGAUUGGGAGCGGAGACGAGAUCGUGCGAACGAUGGACGGCGUGCUGGUGGAGGAGGAGAUCAACUUCGACCACGACGCGCUCAAGGAACUCGGACACGAGCUCCGGCAAGUCAGGGCCGUGCGGACCUACAAGAGCAGAGUGGGGAGCGAGCUGAGCUUCAACAAGGGGAACGUGAUCACGGUGCUGAAGGUGGAGGGCGACCGGUACAAGGGCGUGCUGGGCCGACGGAAGGGCUGGUUCCCGCGGAGCCACGUGCAGGACGAGGGGUCAGGGAGUGGGAGCCUGACUUCCUCCGCCGCCGGCGGCGGCGGCAGCGGCGACAGCGGCGACACGGGGGAGGGCCAGCCGGUAGCCGAACUGCUCAACGGCAGCGGCAACGGCAUCCAGCUGUCCUUUGGGGCGACCGGGUGCAAGUCGUCAACGACCGAGAACGAGUGGUCGCUCUCGGCCUCGACUGAGGAGCCCGGCUCGGAAGACGGAGGCGACGGUAGCGGCGGCGGAGUGCUGAGCGGCAGCGGCAGCAGCAGCGGCUCACAGGCGGUGAUCGAGCCGAUGAGCACACCGGUCGUGAGCUUGCCGCUGACGGUGCGGAAGGGGAGCGGCAUUCGCGGCCUGCUUCUGUUGGUGGACGACACGUCGGGCGGGUCGAAGACGGGCUCGGGCGAGGAGCGGACGCUGCGGAAGAAGGGCAGCCGGCUGCGGGACAAGCUGCUGGGCGGCAGCAGCAGUGCUGUCUCGCCGCUCGAGAACGGAUCUGAUAAGAAGGCCAGGACGAGCGAGAAGGAGAAGGAGAAAGAGAAGGAGAAGGAGAGCAGCAGCAAGAAGACAAAGGAAUGA